GAGUGACAAUUCAAUAAAAAACCACUGGAAUAGUUCAGUGAAGAAAAAAUUGGAAUCAUACAUGGUUCAAGGUCUGAUUGAAAGGUAUCCAGGAUUACCAAAUGUUGUUUCCUCUACUACAGCAAGAAUCCGGCAAAAGAAUCAUGACAGUGGCUUUAAAGAAAAAUCUGACAUAGAAGAUUCCUCUGAAUGUAGCAGUUCGGCUUUGGUAGCUUCUUCUCAAUCCGAAUGUGAAAUGGCAAAACCAAUUACAGAGGAUGGAGAUCACAAGCAGGAGGAGGCCAUCAAAAAGGAGGUGGACUCACAUUUGCCAGUUCGCUCCAGUGAAUAUUAUGGUUCAGCUGAAGAAGCUACAUUUGGUGCCUCUAAAUUCCACUGUGCUGAAGUGCUUUCUGAAGUAGCUUCACCUGGAAAUUUUUUACCAAAAGCUGAAGGAUCUGGAAAUGAAAUUAGGAAGCCUUCUAAUGAUGACAACUACGAGAAGAAAGAUACUAUGCCCCAUAAACCAACAUCAUUGGAGACUUCUACUUCUGACGCUGGAUUAGGAUUUGAGAAUAAUGAUAAACCGUGGAUUUCUUUAAAUAAUGGCUGCAGUCCAAACCUUUUCCAGAUGCAUCCUGUAACAGCCUUGGGUAUGGAAAAUCUUGACUGUGCUGCGGCAAUGAGUUGUAAAUCUUUUAUUCACAGUCCUGGAGCUUCUAUGAAUUUUGCUCCAUAUUCAUACCCCGUAUUUCCAGUGAAUACAUCAAAUAUGUAUGGACUUCCUUUUUGUCAAAGUUUGAUGAAUGUUCCCCCAUCUUUUAUUUGUCCUAGUGCUAAUGUGGAUAUCCAAGACUUAUCUUGGAGGCUGCAAAAUUCUGGAUCUAUUGCAGGCUCAUUUAUUGGUGUUCCUAUUUCUGAUUGCCCUAUGCCUCCUGUUCCUGAAGUGAUGCCUUCAAGUCAUGAGACUAUAGACCAAGGAAAUGAACGACAAGUCCAGCUAGAAGAAAAACAGAGGUUAGAGGAGGAAACACAAACAUAUACAAGUAGUUGUGACAAUCUUACAAGGAAUCUCUCUCUCGCUAGUGAGGAGAAAGUAGAGUUUGAAAAAGAUUUAGAACCUGGAACUGUCUCUCCUCCAGAUGAGAUGAAAGAUAAUCAAUCUGAAAAUUUCUUUAAUUCUGGAUCUUUAUUCUAUGAACCUCCACGCAUACAGAGCUUGGAAUUUCCAUUUGUUUGUUGUGACAUUGUGUCUAGUGAUCUUCAGCAAGCCUAUAGUCCACUAGGCAUCAGGCAGCUGAUGAUGUCAUCUGCAUCAUGCAACUUAUGGGACUCUCCUUCUCGUGAUGAUAGUCCCGAUGGCAUUUUGAAGCAUGCUGCCAAAAGUUUCAUAUGCACUCCAUCUAUCAUGAAGAAAAGGCAGCGUGAGCUAUUGUCUCCUUUGCAGGAAAGGAGAUUUGAUAAGAAAUCUGGUACAGACAUGAACAGAGGGUCAUUUUUUACGUCAUUAACAAAAGGGGAUGAGGCCUGCAUGGAAUAUAUGAUUGGUGAAGUUGAUGCUGAGAACAUUUGUUCAUCUUUAGCAGAUGAUGUUCGUGAUUCUUUGUCUGAUCUAAAGGACAAACGUGAGACUAUUAAGCAAAAUAAGAAUCUGGGUGCCAAACUUACUCAAAAAAGUACCGCUAGCAAAUCCUCCAGUGCUAGCAAGUUUCAACCGAAUAGUGAGGACUGUAGAUCUGGAGCUAAAUUGUCAUCUGUUGUUGAUUCAGACGCAAAAGAACCUCAAUGUAACGCAGUAUUGGUGGAGCGUAAUACUACUAAUUUGGAAUGCCUAUCUGGUUGCUCUACCUUUAUUUCGCCCACUGCUUGUGGAACCAAACAUGUGGACUGUUCUAUUACGGUUACAUCUUUGCAAUAUCCACCAUCAUCAAAGAAACCACAAAUUGCAGUUGAGAAGUUCACUCCAUCCAUUGAUGCUGACUACGAAAUUUUUAAUAUCUUUGCUGAUACUCCUGGAAUCAAAAGAGGGUUAGAGUCUCCUUCAUCAUGGAAGUCACCCUUGUUCUUGAACUCAUUUCUUACAGGAGCAGAUUUUACAUACGAGGACAUGAGAUACUUUAUGAGCCCUGGUGAAAGAACCUAUGAUGCCCUUGGUCUUAUGAAGCAAUUAAGCGAGCAAAAUGCUGGUGUAAUAGCUGAGGCUCAAGAGGUAUUAUCCAAUGGGGGACAAAAGUUGAAUUUUGACAAUGUUCUAUCCAAUAAUUCCCCACAAGGAAAUGGAGACUCUUCAAAAGAACAGGAAAACCUUAUUCCCAUUCCUUCAAAUGUUUUGGCUGAAGGGCGUGUUCUUGAUUUCAGUGGAUGCACUACACCUCAUGAGAAAACUAAGAGUACGAAAGUGAAGCCUCUUUCUGGUAGUUCACAUAUCAAUAGCCAGACCUCGAAAACCUCUCAUCUUCUUCGCGGUUGCCGAUAGCCGGAUUAUUUUUCAAAUUGGAGUAAACAAUCACUUUGCUACUGUUGAAUUAUUUUCAGAUCUUUUCCCCGUGGAAGUUCCCAGCUGCAUCUGUCUCUCAAGUUUUAGUUUUUCAAUCUGCUAAUUGGGCCCCUGUGGAAGAAGAUCAUCAUCAAAGUGAUGUGUAAUAUUGUACUCCACACAUCAAGUAAAUUAAUUGUGAUUCUAUUUCCUACUUCCAGAAGCUUUGUUCUUCUUCAUCUAUUUGUUGUCUAUGGAUCUUCUGUUCACAGCACCACUAAGGUCAAGUGAAACAGAAGCUUUGUUUGCAUUCCUUGUAUUUGUUGUUUAUGUCUAAGCUCCAUUUCUUGGUUCGCAGCACCAUUUAAGUUAUGUGAAACAUUUAUCUGAUUUGGUACUCUUUUUCUCCAGCUUUGUUUUGGGAAAAUAUAUAUUGAAAUUUCUUGUCUUCCA